AUGACCUCUCCGCCAGUGUCCUCCAGCAGCAGGCCAGUUGCCCAGCUUGCAUCCAAUCACAAGAAUGACGAGGACUCACAGAAGCCAGUUUCGGCUGCAGACACCUCCCCUGGCACUCAAGCAACAAUCACCAACACCACCCCCUCCGCGUACCGUGGUCGCAAAACCCGGGAUCGGGUUUGCACGGGCAAGGUUAACACAAGCGAUGUCCUUGCUGCAGCCAGCCUCUUGGAGCAGUCCUCUGUCAAGACUGAUGAUUCUUCAACCAUCCCAAGGCCCACGAGUCGGUUCCUCCGAUCGUCGGUAACUAGUACGAGCGGUCCUGUCGGUGGUGGUGGCGUCAGUAAUGGUGACCGUCCUACUCCCUCUCCCAGUCGGCAGCUCUCCCCUACCACAGCAAACGGAGCUCUUAUCCGGUCUACCAGCUCUACUCCAUCCUCCACCCAGCCGCAGGAGCGGUAUACAUGGCGAGACAAGAUUGAUUACCGGCGUCUGUAUGAAGAGGAGCGGAGCGAAAAGGAACGUCUUAAACGGGUACUAGAGAAGACCAACCGUGACCUCGCCGCGCUUCAGAACGAACUGACGCGACUAAAGACCUCCAAGUCCACUGUUCUUGGCGGUUACUCGGGCGGAAUUCGAGAUCCGAGUCCAGCUUCGGAGAUUGAACGCUUACGACAAGAGAACGCGAAGAUGAGCGACGAGAACAAGUCGCUCGUGCGUGUCAUCAGCAAACUUUCAAGCCGAACAUGA